UCUCCUCCCCUAGACGCUGCCCCAAGGGCGAUACCAGGCUUUAUACCAGACCCCCUCCUAGCCCCUCGACCAUCUUUCUUAAUCUUUCGAGUCAUGGUCGCCUUCGGUGACUUUCAGCCGCUUUGUUCCCAGGUCCCGUCAUAUACAUGGUGCAACCUCUUCUAUCGCCAGAUCAAGGAUAACUCUGACACUGUCUUCAACUCGGUCUCGAGCAACUCGGCCUCUGCUCCCAUUGGCGUAAAUCCCGAAUGCGGCAUACUCCGGGCUGGUCAGGAUGGUUCUAUCGGGAAUGUCGCCAACAUCGUCGUCUGUGCGGUUAGCAUCCUCUUCAUGGUGGGCUUGAUUCUUUUGACGGGUAGACGCAAGGCCGCUGUCGGCCGCGUCGAGCUCCGUACCUUCUUCAUCCUCUACCUUCUCACUCUCCCCUUCCAACUUCUCACGACCGGCUCGUUCCUCGAACAAGGCUCGACCGCGCUUGUCGCUCUCACUGCCAUACAUGCUGGUCUCGUGGCGACUACGUUCUGGGCCCUGCUGGGCAAUGCACUCGUGGCAACCCAGAUAGUGGAGGAUGGCACGUUGAGUUCGCUGGUUCCGUUCUCGAUCAUCAGCCUAUUCUUCUUCGUCGCAACGACGUACAUUUCGUUCGACGUCGCACUCACUGUAACACACGUGUUUGGCCCAUCGAACCCUCCGGCGGCUCUGCACAGCACACCCCUGUUCGUAUUAACGAACAUUUGGCCUGGAGCUGCAGCGUUGCUUUACUUCGGCAUUAUGAUCUAUAUCGUCCUUGGUAUAUUGAACGAAGUUCGCCCCGUCUGGCUUUACGUCCUCUCUGCUAUCCUCUUUGUUUUGAGUCAGCUUGCGUAUUACCUCCUCAGCAAGGUGAUAUGUCGGGGCUCUUCAGCAAAGGUCGACGGCUCCUUCGUUGCGACCAUCCUCGAGACUGCUGCAGUAGGCGCGCUGUAUAUAGCUUGGAAAGGUAUCACAGAAGAGGACUGGGACUCAAACGACUAUUACUACCCAUCAUAGUUCGCCCCCAUCUUGAGUCUCAAGUCAUCAAAUUUGUUGUACGAGAAAAUAUCGCUCCUAUUUGUUGUGUGUUGUUUCAGAUCUGUUUUGACUACUUACCCCCCAAUUACCCUUGCGACACGAUCUACCUCCCGUUCCUCCCCGAGCGCACUUGUCACUUCUUGAUCUUAUAUGCCACCUUUCGAGUUCCUUCCCCUUGCAUAACCAUCUCUGCCAUCCUAACUUCAUCUGUUUUCUUUUGAUAUACCUUGAAUCUUCUUGGAUUGGACCGUGGAGUGGAAGACGUUGAAGCCUGGCAACCCGUAGGUCGGGCUUUUGGAUGUCGGUACGAGAGCUGACGCACGUGUACCUGAACUUGGAACUCUGGAAGCGAAGGCAG